UUGGCGUGCUCGGGGGAACUGGGCGUCGAUUGCGUUGGCUUCACCGCAUGACGAUCCUCCUCGUACUUUACAAGUAACAACCACCACCUCGCCUCACCUUCGUACUCCCGUUGCCAUUGACCGUGCCAUCGCCAUUUCUGGUGUCGACACGCACACGCACCAUAUCCCUGGCGCCAGUGCCAGCGCUGGCUUCUCAUGUGCUGCCUAAUCGCGCACAGUUACCCCCGCUGAGCCAUACCUCAUCGCCCUCUAUCUAGCACACGACCUCCCACCCUACCUCGCCGCCCGCUCAAAGCCGCUUCUCAUCGGACCAACGCCGACAUGCCCUCGAUUCUCUCUGACGACGACAAGCAGACGGUCAAGCGUACUGUACCCAAAGCUAACAACAAGAUCCAUGCCGUCGCCGUCGCCAAAUUGUACAUCGCCUACCCGGACCGGCACCGAUGGACGUAUACCGGGCUCCAAGGGGCAGCUGUGCUAGCCAACGAUUUGGUGGGGAAUACUUUUUGGAUUAAGCUUGUCGAUGUAUCUCCCGCAAGCCGUGGAGUAAUCUGGGAUCAAGAGAUCUACGAUACCUUCUCGUACAAUCAAGACCGAACCUUCUUUCACACUUUCGAGUUGGAGCAAUGUAUGGCCGGUUUGUCUUUCAGCGACGAGAAAGAGGCAAAGACUUUCAAGAAGAAGAUGGAGGAUCGCGAGAAGAAUGCCCAUAAAAACACAAAGAACAAGCCCUUCGGAGCUUCCUUGGGCACAGGUUCGAGUUUGAAUGGAAACACCAACCAGGGACAUAGCCAUAGUCGCCUGGGCGGUCUAUUCGGACACAGGCACUCGACCCCUACGCAACAACCUCAAUCCAUCAUCCCGCCUGCGAAUGUCGUCUCGCCGUCCCGAACAACCCAUUCGAACACGUCUGCAUCCAACCCAUCGAGCUCAAGGAACUCCGCUAUCGACACAACAGAUCCCUCAUGGCAGCCAUUACUGAAGGAACUACUUGCUAUGGGCAUUACGGAAGAUCAAAUCGAGGAGAAUGCCGACUUCAUCAAAAUGUACAUUGAGCAAAAGAAGGCACAAGAGAAGGUUUCGGACGAGAAAAAGACGAGAGCACCACCGCCACCACCCCCAAGUGCACCUCCUGCCAAAUCCCUCAGCCCUCAAAAUACAGGUGGAUCGAAGCGAGGACCUCCUCCGGCGCCUCCGCCAGCACGAAGGACUGGCACGCGGUCAGACAUGCCCACCGUCAAUCGUGCCUCUUCCUCGAGCCCAGUACCGUCUCCUCCCAGACAACCGUCUCCACCGCCCCCAGCUCCAGCAGGCCCUCGAUUCCGUGCUCCCCCGCCCAUUGCAGAUGCAGGAAAAUUUGCCCACGAGCCACCCGCUCCUCCUGGCCGAGCCCGAGCAGCAUCCAAUGUGGCCAACCCAGGACCACCUCCUCCCCCACGGCCACCAAAGACUCCCGUUGAGGACGAGGAGAGGGGCUCGGCCACGAAAUUCGGGGUACCACCUCCAUUCACAGGAAAUAGAAUUCCCUCAUCUGGCCCACCACCUCCCCCGAGUCGCGGACCAGUCCCUCCACCACCUCCUGCUCGUGAAGUGUCAGCUCCAGUCGUCCAUGCAGCGCCGCCCCCAUUGCCGCCGAAAGCUCCAGGGGCUCCUCCACCUCCUCCGCUUCCACCAACGAACAAUGUGCCUCCGCCCCCUCCUCUCCCUCCUUCCUCGUCGCGACCAGUGCCAGCGGCACCCACAAAUGCGGCACCUCCACCUCCACCGCUCCCUCCCAUGAACAAUGUACCUCCGCCGCCUCCUCUACCAUCUUCUGCUGCUCCUCCACCCCCUCCCAUGCCAAACAAAGCCGUACCCCCGCCGCCACCCAUGCCGAACAGUGCCGUUCCCCCACCGCCUCCCAUGCCAAACAGCGCUGUUCCUCCGCCACCCCCCAUGCCAAACAAGGCUGUCCCUCCCCCGCCCCCCAUGCCAAGCAGCGGCGCUCCUCCCCCUCCUCCCCCUCCGCCUGGUGGACCGCCGCCCCCGCCGAUGCCACCCACUGCCUUACCGAAAGCUCCAGCAGGACGCGACAACCUACUGGCAGAUAUCCGAGGCGGUGCACGGUUAAAGAAGGUCUCCGACUCCGAGAAGAGAGAUCGAAGUGGUGCUGCAGUACCUGGUCAGGAACCUUCGGCAGGUUCAGGUGGUGGAGGUGGCGGUGCGUCAUCUGGCGGUGCAGACACUGGGUUAGCGGGAGCUUUAGCCAGCGCUCUCGCUGCAAGGAAGAGCAAAGUUAGCCAUAGCGACGACGAAGACGACGGCAAGGAUGACUGGUAAAUGAAUUGCAAUUGAGUGCUUGGAAAAUCUGGAUUCGUCAUAUAUGCCUAAUGUCUUAGGAAGUAUUUUAUCAGAUCUGCAACAAUUACGUUGAUGCAUGCGUUACUAGAGAUGCGUAGAAUCGUGAGGUCAGCAACCUAGACAACACGAUGAGAAUUUGUCGGUGGGACAGUACAAGUACGAAGGGUGCAAAGUUGAUGGAGUAGAUAACAAUGACGUAGAAGAUUGGGAAGUGGGAGUAGCAAUGGAAGUAGCAUUGAA